GCAGCCAGGUGAGCGCGCGCGCACGGGCGCUCAGAACGUGUCGCUGGCGGCUGUGUGUCCACCCGGAUCACUCUGGGUCAUGGAGCCGCGUGCGGGGGACACCACGGACCCUAGGGGGAGCAGAGGAGGCCGCCGCGCUCCCAAGCGGGCCAGCCCCAGCGCUCGGCAGCUCCUGUCGCGGCUGGACGCGCGCCCCCUGGCGGCCCGAGCUGCGGCCGACGUGGCGGCGCUGGUUCGCAGGGCGGGCGCCACAUUGCGCCUGCGCCCCAAGGACGCCACUAACGAGCUGGAUUCUGCGGACAUAGAGGUCACGGACAGUCGCUUGCCUAAUCCCACUUUCAUGGAACAACGGCCUCAGCAUCGUCGGUCAGAGACCUUGGGUACACGCACGGCGCCAUCCCAAGUGAUUCAGUUUAAGGCUUCGAAGCCGCCUCAGGCCUCUGGUCCGUUCUGUGUGGAGCUGGUUCGUGGUUCUGCAGGCUUUGGCCUCACACUAAGUGGAGGCCGAGACGCAGGCACAGACACUCCACUUGCAAUACGCGGGCUGCUGAAGGACGGGCCAGCACAGUGCUGUGGUCGUUUGCAGCCCGGUGACCUUGUGCUCCAUGUGAAUGGACAGUCAACCCAGGGCCUCACCCAUGCCCAGGUUGUGGAGCGAAUUCGCACAGGUGGGUCCCGGCUCCACCUCGUGCUGAGCAGACCUCUUGAUACGCACCACAGCAAGCCUGAGAUGGGGGAAAGACCUCGGAAAGGAGACGAUUGCAGUCCAGAUCCUGGGGGACCAGAGGUGAUGAGAUCUCCUAGGGCCAGCGCCUCCCCACUUCUGCAGCCUCAAUCCUGUACAACACCCAAGACCUGGGGCAGCUCAGAGCCUAGCCCAGAGGGGGCAGCUGACAGCCACACUGUUCCUCCUCCUGAGCUCCGCCAGGGGGACACAGACCACCAAUCCCUGGGUUCCCCAGGACCCUGGCUGGUGCCUAGCCAGGAACGGCUCUCGCAGGCCCUAGGUGUCCCAGGGGCCACACAGCUUGCUCUGGAGAUGGCAGCUGGAAGGCGGAGGCACUAAGCAUCAUCUAACAUCUGAUGGCUGCAUGCUCACUUGGUACUGCCUCACUUGAAUCAGGCUUGCUCUGUCAGCCAUGCAUUAGCACUGCAAGCAGAACCACCACUUGGCCUUGUCCCCCCUCCUGCUGCACAGUUGACCAGCCCAUACUCCCCUCAUGGUGUCAGUGGCACAGCCCUUCCAGACCCGCCAGCCUGGCAUUUCGGGGUGGGGAGGUAAUAAAUCUGCCGAUCUGUCUUGACUUGCCAGGUGCUCUAGGCUGGGUGGGGCUCCCAAGUCCACCUGGUAAAGGAGGGGGAGGGUCAAUCCUGUUUUGAAGAGGGCCUCUUCUUGCAACCACUGAUAAAUGCUGCUUCUUUCAUGCUUCUAGAGGGGCUUUUGCUUCUGCCGGUCCUCAGCCUGGCAUGCUUUCUCCCCACUGUUUCUCUUCGAGAACUCUUGCUUCUCUACCCAGUCAUUAAUUUCACUUCUUUUUGGAGGUGUGCAGGGCUCACAGAUAAUUAUUGAGCAUGUGUGUGGAAUGCAGAGGGGGGCCUGUUAUGGUGAGAGAACAACAGUUAUACCCACAGCCUUGGUCCUGAAUCACCUAGACCCUUGGCAGUGGCUGGAUAGCAAAGCUAGAAACUGGGUGGCUUCCUUCUUCAGGAGCCUGUGGUCUCUUACUUCCGGUCUGACACCCUCAGGGCAAGGGCUGGGGCCCUGGGGCCCCUUUGGGGUGGAGCCAGGUAGGUGUGACUCAGCGGGCUGAGCUAAAAACAGCUGUUAGAACCUUUAGGCUUCUCCCCCCUCUUCCAUAGAUGGUGACAAACUGCAGCCGUACUUGUGUGCACAAGCCACAUGCUGGGCGUUCCCGGUCCUGGGAGAGGCCAGAGUUUCCUCCAUCCUGGGAACAGAGCCCUAAAGCCCAGGCUUAUAUGGCCAGGAGGACUCCAAUCUGGGUAGCUCCCAAACCGGUGCUGUCUGAGGCCAGAAAUAUGCAGUCACCUUCACUGUCACCACAUCCUGAACAUUUGGCCUCAUCUCCCCAACAAGGGAAGCUGUGGUCAAUGGGCAGUUUUCACUCCUAUGGGGAGGGGCCAGGAGUGGGGAGAGAAAUUAAAGGACCAGAGUGUGAGUGAGCAUCCAGGGCAGCCCUCGAGAGGAGAGAAGGACUGCAAAGCCAGGCUGGGAGUUGGGUUAUAAAGAGGUGAGCCACCUCAGCAUGGCUCAGUUGGUUGGGCAUCAUCCUACAAACCAAGGGGUGGCUGGUUCAAUUCCUGGCCAGGGCACAUGCCUGGUUUGCUGACCCCUGUUGGGGUGGGUGUGAGAGAAGCAACUGAUCGAUGUUUCUCUCCCUCUCCUUCUCCCUCCCUUCCCCUAUCUCUAAAAAUAAAUAAAUAACAUCUUUAAAAAAGAGGUGAAGAAGUGGACCCUGACUCAGAGCUUGGUAGAGGUAUGGUUCCACAGAAGUAAGGAAAGGACUGCUGAGCCCCAGUUCAGGAGACUAACAAUAGUAACCCCAGCCACCAUUUACUUGGCCUUAUCCCUGCUACUGGCUUCACUUGCACUAUUUCCAUCUAGUUACACAUCUAUUAACUAAUCUUAAUAUGUCCAUUUCACAGAGGAGGCAAGUGAGGCACAACAAGUAUAUGUAGCUGGGUGGGGGUGUUGAAGCAAGAUUUAAUCAAGGCCUGAUUCCUAAGCCUUAAUCUCACCUUCAUUUGAGAAGUAUGAAUCAACUCCAACUGUUUACCUUGCACUGUGAUAGGCACUAGGGCAAUGCUGGGGGAAAAACAUAAAUAUUUCUAUCCUUGUGUAGUUGAUGUACUGGGGGUAAGAUAUGUCAGAAGAGAUAGGAAAAUUACUAAUAUCAUAAGGAAGUGAGCCCUGGCUGGUGUGACUCAGUGGAUUGAGCACUGGCCUCUGAUCCAAAGGGUUGCUGCUUUGAUUCCCAGUCUAGGGCACAUGCCUGGUUUGUGGGCCAGGUC